UUUCGUACUAUUCGGUGAAGUACAUUUCAAACUGAACCAUAUUUUAAAAUAUUUUUAUUUCAUCUUUGUGAUUUAAUUUUUAGAGGUUAGUUAAUUAUUUGAAAUGAAUGUAUUAAUAACUGGUUGCAAUCGUGGACUUGGUUUGGGACUGGUGCAGAGAUUUGCAGAGUUAUCGAAUUCCCCCAAAAAUAUAUUCGCAACAUGUAGGAAUAUGGAAAAGGCUAAAGAACUACAAGACUUGCGUGCUAAACAUUCUAAUAUACAUAUAUUGGAAAUAGAUUUACAAAACUUUGACAGUUACAAAAAUUUAAUAAAGCAUGUGGGGGAUGUUGUUAAAAACGAUGGAAUUAAUUUAUUAAUUAAUAAUGCCGGAGUAGGACCAAAAACUAAAACACUUGAUGAAUUGGAAUACGAGGACCUUCGAGAUGUACUUACAACAAACACAAUAAUGCCAAUAAUGUUUACAAAAGCUUGUUUACCGCUUUUGAGAAAAGCUUCUAAAGCAAAUCAAAAUAAGAAAAUGGGUAUAGAACGUGCAGCGAUAAUUAAUAUCAGUUCAAUACGUGGCUCCAUUGCAUCUAAUACAGAUGGUGCAAAAUAUCCGUAUCGUACAUCUAAGGCUGGUUUGAAUGCUGCUACUAAAUCUAUGAGCAUUGACUUGUCCCCUGAUAAAAUUCUUUGCGUCAGUAUACAUCCGGGAUGGGUUCGCACAGAUGUGGGAGGAAAGGAUGCGCCACUUGAUGUAACCACAAGUACUAUGAAUAUAUUAUCAACUUUACUUACAUUCAAUGAAAGUCAUAACGGAGGCUUUUUUAGAUAUGAUGGAGGGAACUUGCCAUGGUGAAAACUUUUUUCUUUGUUUAAUUAUGUGUGAAGUAUAUAGUAUAUAUAAAAGGCUAAAA